AUGGUCUCUCUCGCCCCCUUUGUGCUGCGCCGCCCGUGGCUCACCAAGAUGCUGAUGCCCGCCGCGAGCUGGUACGCCAACGCCGCCGGCUACCGCAAGCUGGGCCUGAGAUUCGACGACCUUCUCGAGGAGGAGCGCGAGGCCGUUCAAAUCGCAAUCAAGCGCCUAUCCAGCCAGGAGUCUUACGAUCGCAUCUACCGCAUCCGUCGCGCCACCCAGUGCAGCUACCAGCACAAGCUACUACCCAAGGAGGACUGGACCAAGCCCGAGGAUAAAAGGAAACUGACCGGCGCGAAACAGGACACACCGCAUCUCCGCAACCUUGUUGCUCAGGUCGAGGCUGAGCUUGCCGAAAAGGAUGCUCUUGACUCCAUGACCGUCAUCAAGAAGCACUAA